AUGGUUUCUUUUUACGCCCGGCCAGUGCUCGACAAUCCCCUACAUUAAUAUAUGUUCAAACUCUUGAGCAUGCUUUAUAUAUAGUUGUUUUCUCUUAAGAGUACAAUUAUCUCUAUGGCAUGUAUAAAUGACUGCUUCCAUUUUUAUACCUUUUUAUGUAAUUUUUUAGUACCUAUCCAAUAUAAUUAGCAGUUCGUGUCACCAGAUGUCAUACUUAUCUUUACCUUUUCUAAUUUAUCUUGCAGGAUGGUUAUGUGUGGACCAUGGAGAAUCAGAGGCUGCUAAUUGAUUUCUUUCAGCAUCAUGAAAAUUUGCACAAUGUAAAACACAGAUACAAAAAUAGAACCAUGCGGGACAUCAUGCUGCAAGAAAUUGCUGACAUGUUUGGUUGCACACAUCGGCCAAGUACCUCGGGCGCCAGUCACCACCUACAGGGGAAUAUGCCUGGCCCUGUGUCCGCAGACAACGCCUCCGACGAGUCUGAGGAAGAUGUCGUUCUUACGGAACCUGAUCCCCCAGUGCCACAGCUGAAGAGAGGAAAGAAGCAAAAGAGGCAAGGGACAAGUGCCCAUGAAGCUGUCCUCAAGAAAGCUCUGUCGUUCCUGAACCAGCCCGACAAUAGCUUAUUUGAAGACGAGGACUUCCUGUACUCUGCUUCCCUCACACGGGAGCUGAAGCAGCUACCGACCCUCGACAGGGAUUUCCUUAAGAUACAGCUUAUGCAAAUGGUCCUACAGGCAAAACAUAAUGUAGUAAUGCACACUUCAGUUGCUGAUGUGGUGGAUCUUGUGCCAUAGGAAAUGAGGUUUGAAAAGAUUGUUUUCAAAAAUCAGUAAAAAUAUUGGUGUCCUUAUGCAAUUAUUAACACAAGGCAUCUUUAAGAAAACAAGUUUUAGUGUCAGGCUGACGGUUUGCCAGCUUCACCGUUGGAUAUUUUACAUUCGCACUAUUAAUGUCCCCUGUUCGUUUC